AUGAUCGAACCAACACCUUCUCAGCAGGAUGUUAUAAUGAGCAAGUAUGAGCCCGGAACCACUAUCAAAGUGGUAGCUGGUCCAGGAUCUGGUAAAACACUGACUCUUAUGCUCAAGGUGAGGGAACUGGUUCUGAAAGGAUCUGUGAAGCCCGACGAAAUUCUCAUUUUGUCUUUAACCAACAAAGCGGUAGAUAACGCAACAGAGAAGCUUUCACAAGUAUUUCAGGAAAAUACCACACUUGGCAUACAAGAUGGAUCUGUUGCUGACAUUGUCUCACAGAUUAAUGUCUCAACUCUUCACGGCCUUGCCAAUAGGGUGGUGGUUGAAAACGAGGGCUUGAUCAAUAUAAUCGAAGAAAAUGGGUGGAGAAGUCUAUUGAAGCUCAUACCUCCAGCAAUUCUGCGGAAAUUGGGUCCCAAUAAAGCAGGCGCUGCAUUGACACCGAAGAUGUUUGAACGGCUUUUUCGCAACUAUCAAAUCGCAGGUAAGUCAAAAACAAAAGAUGCCACCAUGGAGCGGAUCAUUAGUAUUAUGCGAGGGUCCAAAGUAGUGACAAACGAUGAAUUAAUCGUGCUCGCCGCUAAGCAUCUUGAGCAAGCUCGGAGCUCAUCGAUCGUGAAGCCAUCGGAUUCUUUCGCGCAAGAUUUACUCGACAAAUAUAAAGUGAUUGUUGUCGAUGAGUUUCAAGAUCUUUUCCCAUCUCUUCUCCCAUUUCUAGAAAGCAUUUCCCGUGGUAAACAGCUCAUCUUAUUUGGAGACCCUCAUCAAAGCAUCUACGGUUUUCUAGGUAAUAACAGAGCAUUGAUGCAAUCAUUGGAGAAUUGUCGGUCCUCCCAAGGGCUCAAAACCUAUCAUCUAAGAGACAAUUUUCGCAGUACGCCUGAAAUAUCGGGCUUUUCCUCUUCUUUGAUAUCUCCAGAUGUUCCAGCUGCUCAGGGAAAAUUUUACUCAAAGCCUCCGAUGGGCCUGCAACCUCUAGCUAUUCAAACAAAUGAUCCCAACGAAGAACUUGAGAUUUUGAUUAGAGAAAUUUCGCGGAUGGUCACCAGUUCAGCAAGAUUUUCAGACAUCGCCAUCCUCGCUCGAACUAAUGCUCAGGUAGGUACUGUGGCAGGUUGUCUAAAAGCAUACGGGAUACCGUUUGAGAAGCUUACUGCACAGCCAGAUUGGAUAUCUGAUAAAGGUGUCAAAUUUUUGACCGAUUUGAUAAAGCUAUGCGUACUUGUUGGUAAAGAAGAAAGACAGUCAGAUGGGACCAAUCAGCCCACGACCUUCAAGAGUGAUUUCAGCGUCAUUAUUACCCUCAGCGCUUCCAAAGGCUUAAGCAAUAAUGCGCUACAAGCACUCUUUGCAGAAGCAAGGGAAUCUAACAUAUCUCUAUGGAAUGUAAUAGCGAAUGGUAAGAUCAGCUCGGUAUCAGCAGCGAACAAAACAAAAAUUCGCAACUUCGUCAACCAUGUAAAUACGUUAAUGAUCCAACUGAAGGCAAACCCUAAUCCAGAACCAAUCGCUUUGAUAAGCACAGUGGCCGACACUGCAUAUAGGCUUGGGUUCCUUGCCGAGGGCAUUAAGAGUUCAGACGCUGCUGAUACUUUCAAAAGUCACAUUGCAGAAUGGCUUAAAGCUCUCAAGCUUUGUUCACUUUCGAAACCCGACAAUGUACCUUCGAUAGAAUGGUUUUUGGAAACGCAAUUCGACCAAAACCAUGCGUCUAGCACAAGCUUAGUUUCGAAUGGGAAUCAAGAUCUAGGGGCCGUCAAACUAUCUACUAUACAUUCGUCGAAAGGCCUGGAAUUUCCAAUCGUAUUUUUGCUGGGGAGCUCAAGUUCGGCGUAUGCGAUAGAAAAGAAUGCACUUUACGUCGGUAUCACAAGGGCCCGCAAUAUACUUUAUAUGAGCAACAUCUCAGAUGGGCUUUUGCCGAAACUUAUUUCAUGUAACGGAAACAGACAUUGGAACAAGCAGAUCUGGAGUUAUUAUAACUCAGAUCUCAAGAGACCUUGCGUGAUGAGUACAGCCAAAGGCCUCGACAAUUUCACGUCUUUAACCAAAAAAUACGGGCUCAACUCACCUUCAAGAACCUACUGCAAUUUUGCUCUGCGUGCAUCACAUUCAUUAAAAUAUAUACUGAGGUAA